GUUUAAGACGUGUUGUGAUGCGGUAAAGUCAGAAAAACCAACAAAAUCAAGAAAUUAUACAAAUUGUUCAAAUAAAAACACUGUGAUAAAAUAUUUAGUGCAAAUAUUAUUACGAGGAAUACAAGCGACACUUAGUGUUAAUUUGGUUGCCUAUCUUGUAUAAACCGUCAUCAUGUCAGAGAAGAAUCUCCUCUGGGACUAUCUGGUGUUUAUUGUGUUUGUCAUCGCGACGACUUUCGUCGCGGUCUAUUCACGCAUCUGUGGCACGAAGGAGAAAACCAAAGCCGAUUAUGUCUUCGCCGCUGGAAAGGUGUCGAUGAGCGCCAUGAUGCUUAGCAUCGCAAGGGGGACAAUCGGCGUACGCUCGUUUCUAGGUUUUCCCUCGGAAUUAUACUACAGGGGGAGUGCAAUGUGGGAAACCCUCUACGGAAUGAUUCUCGCCUAUCCAAUAGUCGCCUACGUGUUUGUCCCCGUCUACUUUGGCCUUGACAUAACCUCAGUGUAUCAAUACUUGGAUCUGCGCUUCAAGUCGCGUCUGGUGCGUUGCCUAGCUUCGGGCACUUACGUCGUACGUCAGCUACUCAAUCUGGGCGUGACUGUUUUCACUCCAUGCGUUGCUCUUAACACAGUCAUUGGCAUUCCGUACUGGGCGAGUAUUUUCGGCAUAACCAUCAUUAGUAUCAUCUUUACUAUUUUGGGUGGUUUAAAGGCGGCCAUUUUGGCUGACGUCAUGCAAGGUUUAACCAUGAUUGCGUUAUGUUUGGUUAUGAUCAUCAAAGGAACCCUUGAAGCCAAUGGUUUUGGUGAAGUGAUGAAGAAAAACAUAGAUGGCGGUCGUCUGGACUUUUCGAGUAAGUAUUUCGACACCAACGCCAUCUACAAGUGAAUAUUUUAAGUUUUAUUUGAAUUUUAUGAUUUUAGUUGGAAUCUUGAUCCGACAAUUCGUGUAACUACCACGUCUGCGCUCGUAGGACAACUUUUCAUGUCCCUGUCAAUCUUUGGCUGUCAACAGAACUUUGUCCAGAGAUAUAUCAGUAUGGAUUCACAGAAAAAAGUCAACAAGACUUUAUGGUGUAAUAUCCCGGUAAUUACGGUCCUGUUCAGUUUAUCCUGGGUUGUUGGCAUGGUUAUCUACGCGAUUUACUCCGAUUGUGACCCGUUGAGCAGCGGAUACAUAAAAAAAUACGACGAAAUCUUACCGUUCUUCGUCGAGGAUCGUUUCAACGCUAUCCCCGGCAUCAUGGGAUUAUUCAUGGCGAGUUUAUUCAAUGGCGCAUUAAGUCUGAACGUCUCCAACCUGAACUCCCUCGCGACGGUCACGUUCGAGGACUUUGUCCGGCCGAUUCCGGCGAUGCGCGAUAUGCAGGACAAGCAUCAGCUGAUGGCGAUCAAGAUCAUCGGCGUCGUCUACGGCUUCAUCAUCAUGGGCAUCAGUUUCGGCGUCGGGCUGCUGUCUGGUGUGAUUGAGUCUUCUAUGUUGGUCACUUCGGCGACGAGCGGGCCACUCUUGGGGGUGUUUGUGCUGGCGAUGCUUAUUCCUUGCUGCAACUGGAAGGGAGCAUCAACUGGUGUAGUCCUUGGACAUAUAAUCACCCUGUGGAUUACAUAUGGCGGUCUAACCGUUGACAAACCACCAACACAAAUACUCCCUCUAUCGGUGGAAGGCUGCAGCAACAGUUCCUUCAACCCACACGUAGUGAAACACGUACACGCGUGGCCAGUGAGCAGCGCUUAUGAAUUUAUGAAUCGCAGUGCGCAAGCGUACGCUGCACACCCUGCGUAUAAAUAUCAACUAGCAAGUAAUCACAUCAUAAACGCCACUAGCGCCCUCCCAGUGACACUGGACGCAAUCACAACUACAACUACAAGUUUACCAGGCGUAGCGCCAUCUACAAGUGAUCCACUAACAGCUAUAUACUCAAUGACAUACAUGUACUACUCCCUGGUUGGUUGUUUCGUGACAAUCUCCGUCGGUUGGUUGGUGUCCAUGCUAACCCAGUCCGAGGACGACAUCUAUGAUGAAAAACUCCUACAUCCAUUGGCGCGCAAAAUAGCCGCCAUAUUCCCCGGCUCAAAACGACGCUACGCCGACAAAACACAAUCAUGGUCACGCAACGAGAGCGUGCGCAGUAAGAAUUCACAUGUGGUGCCACCUACAAUCUCCCCACCGGCUACGAUAACGAUAGAAAACAAAUCAGCGGCGUAUUCACAGCACGUGCCGCUGGAGAACGAAAUCAGUGAGAGUAACAACGUGUUCAAUACACGAUUAUGAGACCUUGACAGGGUUGUUUUUUACAAUUUACAUACGUAUGAACGCCACGCCCACUCAAAAUCUGUGAUCAGUUUUACUUACGAACGCAUCACCCUGUAUAAUGUAAAAUAUCAGUAUUUUUAUAUUUACACACUCGACACACACACACACACAUACUAGAAUCUAGCGGCUAGCACUAGACUAGACUUUUAAUUAGUUUAAUUAUUCGAUAGUUAAUUUAAUUAAUAAUUUAAUUUUAGCGGACGGCAAUCUCGUGAUUCCUAUUUAUAUUUAUAUUAUACAUAUAUAUGAUAUUAUUUUAUGUUUUAUCAUGACUUUAAUUAAAGAUUUACAUAUGCA